CAAACUUUGGAGCACCGAUCCCGCAAGCGCGCCUUCGUUUGGACCUGCGGCGUGGUAUCGGUGAGGCUCACAAACAGAUUAGACGCAUUGCGCAUCGACGACUAUGCGCAUCCGGUUUCAAGUAUCGUUGGAGAACACGGGCGAAGUUGACUUCAAAGCAUUGACUAAAACGUUGGAGUCGACAGCGACGCCAUCGACACAAAAGCCCAUCGACUUGCCGGAGUGCAAAGAAGACGAUGGUGACCCCAAUGUUGUAGAUUUGACUGAAGACGACUCCACCACAGUAACGCCGUCCCAUCCCGCACCGUCAGCACCAUUGAAUCCUCAAGCAUCGUAUCCACCACCGCCAGCAUCACCCUCGCCACUUCCGCCGCGGGGACGGUUCAACAUUAUCGAACACCUGGAGCAGCGGUAUGGCAAAGGUGGCAUCCUUGAUAUUAAAAGCAGAGCAGCGCCGGCUCGACGACAUGCCGACGACGACGAUUUGUACGACUCAGAGGAUUCGUUCAUCGACGACUCGGACUUGCAUGAUUCCAUCGAGAACACAUACAUGCAGACCACCGUCAAGACGAAACACAGUGGAUUCUUCGUUAACGCUGGUGACAAUAUCGAGACAGUCAAGGAUCCGUCGCACAAGCACGCCGCGUCUGCGGGCCAUGGAACUACCGAUGGCCCCGACGACGAAUCACCUAAGAAAAAGAGCAAGAAGUCCCUUCACGACGACAUGUACCUCGAUGAUGACUGGCAGCCAGGUCCUGAAGUCGAAGCCCUUGUCGCCAAAUUCAAGCAGCAAGCCACUGAAUUUUUCGGAGAAAAUCCGCCGCCAAAGCUGUGGCCACCCGCUUUGGACGAAGGACUACGCGAGGUGGACAAACUUGUCGUGGCAUCACAUCCCCAGCGGUGGCGUGUGAAUGGGUACAUGGGACAUCUCAUGGCCUUCCUCCCCUACACAAAAACAACGCUUCGUGCGCGAAUGAUCAUGCUCGAAGCUCGGGACAAUGCAGCUGACAUCAAGAUGAAAAUUGAGGAGCAUUUCACUACGUUUCAAGCGCAGGUGCGUGGAUCAAUCCUUGUUUUCUCCUCGUUAAGUAGAGCAAUACGAUGGAUAAGGCUUCAAUGCAUGCUGCUGAUGUCGACGCGGGUAAAGUCCCCACCGAGCAGAUCAAAGAAGUUAUCUUGGCCGACCUCAAGUUGGCCGAGGCCGUCUAUAUGGCGUUGACAGCGCUGGAUGACUGGGUCAACAAAGAAAAUGAAUACCGACCGUUGCUUAAACAAGAUGAUAAGAAGCAACUGGAUGAAGCAGACACAGUCGCGUUGGCGACGCAGAAGGAGCGCAAUCGGUUGUACAACAAGGUGCCCCUGUAACCUAUAUGCGUGCUUGUUGAUCUCUGUAACAUGGCUGUGGUGUAGAUGGUGGCAAGUCUGCCUGCAAGUAUAUCAAGUGUAUUGGACCUGUCGGGUCUGCGAGAACUGUUCAAGAUCGGCCGAAAGAGCAGCGGCCACAAGACUACAACUCCCCAUGCCACCCCAACGUCCAAGAAAGCUGCAUCCGCCGUCUCGGCAAAACGAGCAACGAAAACGCCACCUCCAACCAAACCAGCCAAAGCCAAAGAUGCUUCCGAGCCGGGCGCUGCGAAACCCGUGCAUGUGGCAAAAAAGUCCGCCAAACCCUUGCGCUCCCGUCGGUUUGUAACGUGUCCGAUAUGGUCGUCGGAGGAUUUUUUGGACGAUCGAAAUUCGCCUGUGAUAAUUCCAUAACACAGAUUGCCUUGUCAAGUCAGCA